CCUCCUUAAUGUCCCAUGUGUGGAACUUGACGUCCAAUGUUCGUUUAGGUUCAUCCUUGACAAUCAUAAUGGAUGCUUUUGUGUAUUCCUUAGUUGUAGCAGCCUGCAUAGCUUGUUACAUGAAUUCCUUGGAAGGCGAAUUCGUGCACGAUGAUAUGGUAUCGAUAACUGUCAAUCCUGAUGUCAUUGGUAAAGCACCUGUGAAAGAUAUUUUCUACAAUGACUUUUGGGGCAAACCUAUGAGCGACCCAACUAGUCACAAAUCGUAUCGUCCCUUAACUGUGCUCACUUUUCGGUUAAACCACGUGUUUUUUGGUUUGUCUGCCUGGAGUUACCACUGCGUCAACGUCUGCUUACACAUUUCUGUUUCUUUACUGGUGACUAUUCUUUGCUUUGAAGUGCUCAGAUGGUCCCGAGAAGACACUGUCAUUGCUGCGCUAUUUUUUGCCACACAUCCCAUACAUACUGAAGCGGUUUCUAGCGUCGUUGGUAGAGCGGAAGUUCUGUCGGCAUUUUUCUUCCUUUCGUCUCUGCUGGCUUUUAUAAAGAGUACACGAAAUGGUAUAAACAAUGAAAAAUGGCUUCUGUGGCUUUUCUUAAGUAUGAUAUGCUCCGGGUUUGCUCUUCUCGCUAAAGAGCAAGGGAUCACCGUCCUUAUAGUAUGCAUCGCAUGGAGAGUGCUCCAAUUAAUUGGAAAUACCAGAUGGGAAACGCCAAAGAUUUUGCUUAAGAGAGGACUAUUUUUAUUAACAGAUGCUAUUUUGUGGACAACAGUAGUUAUGUUUGUGAUGUUAGUGGCCUUUCGUCUUUGGAUGUUGCAAGGAUCGAUGCCAAGAUUUUCGGAAGAAGACAAUCCUGCAUCAUUUUGCCCAUCUUUGCUCACAAGGUUUUACACAUACUCCUAUCUGGCCGCUUUCAACUUCUGGAUGCUACUAAAUCCCAGUACCCUCUCGUAUGACUGGCAGAUGGGGAGCAUCCCAUUGGUAUCUUCGGUGUUUGAUAUUCGUAACGCGGCUUCUCUUCUUCUGUUCCUCUUCUUAGGAGUGUCUGCUCUUCAGCUUCUCAUCAGCCCUCCACCCAAGAAAUGUGAAAGGAAGAUCACACUGUUGUAUUUAUGUAUUCUCAUUUUGCCAUUUCUUCCUGCAUCAAAUAUAUUUGUAACUGUUGGCUUUGUCGUUGCGGAACGAGUCCUUUACAUACCCAGUAUUGGAUAUUGCAUACUUGUUACGCAUGGACUAAGAAAACUACGGGGAGUAUCAAGCAAGAUCCGUUGGAUAUGCCAUGGAUUCACAUUCUUAUUCAUUUUGCUUUUUAUGGUAAGGACAACUCAAAGGAACCAAGACUGGAAGUCGCGAGAAUCGCUCUUUACGUCGGGGUUGACCAGCGUGCCACAGAAUGCCAAAGUCCAUUAUAACUUCGCUAAUCUUCAAAAGGACUUGGGCAACGUCGAUACCGCUGUGGAACAUUACAGAACGGCUCUCAGUUUGUGGCCAAACCAUGCAAGUGCGCACAAUAAUUUGGGAACAUUAUUAUCUGAUACAAAAGAAGCAGAGCAUCACUUUAAAUUGGCGCUGUUGAUCAACUCUCAUCACCCACGGGCCCUAUUCAAUUUGGCUUCAUUAUACAGUAAGCAAGGACGGACGCAAGUAGCUCAGGAACUUCUGCAAAGGGCUCUAGAACUGGAUAAGGAGUUCAUCGAGGCAUAUUCUUCGCUAGCUACCAUUCAUGCAGAAGGAGGAAGACUGGAGGAUGCAGAGAAUCUCCAUCUGAAAGCACUCUCAAUAGAUCCGAACAACGCGGAUUCUUAUAACAACUAUGGAACGUUUCUACAAAAAUCAGGAUCUCAUUUAGGGAGAGUGGAAGAAGCGGUGCAGCAAUACAGGCAAGCGAUGCGUUUGCAACCGAAUCACACAGUUGCAAUUGUGAAUGCAGCUAGGAGCUUGAGGUCGUUGAAAAACAACAGAGAAGCAGAACAACUGUAUAAAAGAGCUUUGUUAAUUAAUCCGGAGCCAAAAAUAAUGGAUAAUUUGGGCGUUCUUUACAUUAGCGCCGGAAGAAUUGGAGAAGCUAAUAAACUUUACAAAGAGCUCCAUGAGAAGUACUCCAAUUACAUUGAAGGAAAAGUUCACUUCGCUCAAGUGUUGAUGCAAGAAAGGAGCUUCCAACAAGCUGAGCAACUUCUCCAAUCAGUUGUACAGCAAAAUUCUACACACAGAGAUGCAUUACACCAACUUUCUUUGCUCUACAGCCAGAUCAAUAGAACAACUGAGGCUCUUGAGCACAUUUUGAAGUCUUUAAAUCUUUGCUCAUCUUCUGAGGUUGCUUGCGCUCAACUGCAUGUUGAUCACGGAGACAUUUUAAAAGACAUGAAGCAAUGGGAUGAUGCUGCUCAAAGCUACAGAAUGGCUAUUCAGCUUGACCCAAAACUUUCACACGCUCACGUCAAUCUUGCAGUCAUAAAUCAUCUCCAGGGUGAAUGUCACCAAGCUUUAAGACACUAUCAUGAAGCCUAUAUGUUGGAUCCAGAUAACCAACUUUUGCAUGAAAACAUGAGGAAACUAAAACUACAUUUAGUGGAUGGUUCUGGUACAUGUGAAGGGAACCAGCCUGGUACUUGCAAAAGUCGGUGACAUCCAGUCGAAGAUCGGAGCUUGGGACCAUUCACGAGCUAGGCAAUAUCUUCGAAAAAACUGGUGUGAAAAUACUAUGUAAAAAAUGGAACGAUGUUGGGCAGGCUUGUAAGCAAUUGUUGUUUGUGUAGAUGGCCACGAAACAUAGUGAAAUAUUGUGUGUGAGUUUGUUUUGAUACGUAAUAAAUUUAUGUAU